AUGUUGAAGAGUCGACAGAACGCACUGCGGCCAUCGAAAAUACGCUCAGUGGAUGAUCACCGUCCACUGAGAGUUGUUGUGAUUGGAGCCGGUAUCUCAGGAAUACUGGCUUGUAUACGACUUGCCCAGAGGAUUCCAAAUCUCGAUCUAUGCAUAUAUGAGAAGAAUGCUGAUAUUGGAGGUACUUGGCACGAGAAUGUGUACCCUGGUUGCGCGUGUGAUAUUCCUGCGAAUACCUAUCAAGCCAGCUUCGAGCCGAACAAAGAGUGGUCCUCUUUUUACGCCCCGGCAGCGGAGAUCCAUCAAUAUUGGAAGCGGGUCGUUGAGAAAUAUGGUUGUAUGGAACAUAUCAAGCUUCAGCAGCAAGUAACUAGUGCAGCUUGGAAUGAGAGAAGCUCUAAAUGGCAAUUAGGUAAACCCAAGGUCCACAAUGUUGAUCGUGAUAUCAAAUAUGAAGACCGGUGUGAUAUCUUAGUCCAGGCCACUGGCUCCCUGAACAAUUGGAAGUGGCCAAAGAUUCCUGGUCUUCAUGAUUUUAAGGGUAAAGUGAUGCAUAGCGCCACCUGGGAUACCCAGUAUGAUUAUACGAACCAACGCAUUGCUGUCAUUGGUAAUGGCUCGAGUGGAAUUCAAAUUGUUCCUGGCAUAUUGCCGAAGGUUGCUCAUAUCGACCAUUACAUGCGAAAUCGUACUUGGAUCGCCCCUGGCUUUGCCCGCGGUGAGCUCGAUAGGCGCGGAAUCGAUGCUGAAAAUUACUCUUUCACGGCAGAGGAAAUUGAGACUUUUAAAAAUGAUUCUGAAGCAUAUCAGAAGUUUCGUAAAGAUACCGAGUUUCUGUUGCAAUCCGACCACCCAUUCACAAUCACUGGAACGCCUAAGCAAGUCGGCUCAAUCCCAUUCUUCAUCGAUAACAUGACGCGUCGGUUAGCGAAAAAGCCGGAGCUUCUUGAUCAGAUCCUUCCAGAUUUCCCGGUCGCAUGCCGCCGUCUGACACCAGGUCCCGGUUACCUCGAAGCUCUGACAGACCCCAAAGUGGAUUUAAUCAAGACAGAGAUUGUCCAGGUGAACGAGACCGGGAUCUUAACCGCGGAUGGUGUGCAUCGGCAAGUCGAUAUGAUUGCCUGCGCCACAGGAUUCGAUACCACCUAUGUGCCACGCUUCCCCAUCACGGGGCGUGGUGGAUUAUCUCUAUCUGACCGGUGGAGAGAAAGCCCUGAAACAUACAUCUCUGUCGCCACGGACGGCUUUCCAAAUCACUUCAUGAUCUUUGGACCGAACUCUGCUCUUGGUGCAGGAAAUCUCAUCUUACUGUUUGAGAAGCAGGUCGAAUACCUCACCGAGUGCAUUUUAAAGAUUCAACGUGAUAAUAUUCGCACCAUGACCGCACGGCCUCAUGCUGUUCAGCAGUUCUCUCGGUACUGUCGAGAGUAUUUCAAAGGAACUGUGUAUAACAGCAAGUGUCGCAGCUGGUACAGGGGUGGGAAAGAGCAGGGAGAUAUUAUGGCGCUUUGGCCAGGGUCAUCACUUCAUGCUAUGAGGGUCUUUUCUAAUCCUCGCUGGGAGGACUUUGACUAUGACUAUCUCAACAAUAAUCCCAUGGGCUGGUUUGGGGAUGGAUGGACUGCAAAUGAAAGGAACAAUACGAUCAACGUCGAUUACUUAGACGAUGAUCAAAUCGAUUUCCCCACUCCGAGUCCACGAAUGGUAGAGGGCAAAUAA